AGAAAGAAAAAACGGUAUAUAUAUUAUACAUCUAGGAACGAAGAGACGGUGGAUUUAAGUGAAGGAAAAACAAUCCCUAACUAAAUAUUACACUCUAUUCAACUUGCAGGACAAUGUCGUUGGAGCUCCCAAGUGAACUGAUCCACCAAGCCAAGAUCUCAACCCGAACCGAAUCGGGUCAACCCGAUUACAACCCAAAUGACCCAUCACUUCCAUCAAUACCUUCUCUUUCCGCCACUAUAGCCGCCUUUGAUCCUUCUCCACCAUAUCUCCGUUGUAACCAUUGCAAAGGUAAGCUUCUCAGAGGGCUACAGUCGUUGAUUUGUAUAUACUGUGGCCAGAAAUUGCAACAAAACCCGGAAGUUUCUCCUGACCCGAUUUCAUUUAAGUCUACUGUUGGUUAUCAAUGGUUUCUUCAAGCUCUGAACCUUGAUGGAUCGGAGAAGGUUGGAGCAGCUACAGAAAAGAAUCAGGUAAACAAGGGGCCGAGUUCACCUCGUGAUGAAGUUCUUUUAUCUGAUCUCCUUGAUCUGAAAAUAAGAUGGCCAACUGAGCUGGAGACAGACAACACUAUCACGAACAAGAAUCUAGAGCAAAGCAAAAGCUCUUACAAUCCGACUGGAUUUGACCUGGACAACUUUCUUUCUUUUCCAAAGAGGGAAAACAUAUCCAGUGCGUACAAAGAAGACAGAGUCAUAAGCGAAAAUAUUGGAGUCAUAAGUGAUAAUAUUGGGAGUGCAGUAAAUGAAACAGCUGGAAGUGAUGAGGAUCUUAGUUUGUUUGAGAAUCUUAGAUCCUCUGAACCAGCUGUGACCGCUUCUACAGUCCAAACUAGUGAUAAUCUUAGAUCGUCUGAACCGGCUGCGACCUCUUCUACAGUCCAAGCUAGUGAUGACUUUUCUGGAUGGCAAGCAGAUUUUCAGAGGGCUGGUUCAGGAGAGAAGAAUGUGUUUAGCACAUCUAGCAGUCCUAUCAGUUCUGCAGUUGGUUCUGGAGGUCAGCAUGCCUUUGCAGCAUUUGACACCUUUACGAGUUCCACAGUUAGUUCUGAAAAUCAGCACGAGGCUUCCAAAUCAACUGAUGCUUUUGUUGGCUCAGAUAUUGAUCUUUCUGCUCAGUUAGACACGGUUUUUGGAACCGCAGAAGGCCCAACAGAUGGGAAACUGAAGGAUGUUGUAGCAAUUUCUUCUGCAGCUAAUGAUUGGCCAGCAGUUGACAUAUGGGAUAGUGCAAAUCCGGAAGCAUUGCAGAAAGCUGGGGAAAUUCUUCCAAUUUCCAGACCCAAGGAUGCUGAUCUACCAAAUAGUUCAAACGACCCCUCUACUAGCAUUGAUUGGUUUCAAGAUAACACAUGGCAGACUAAUAAUGCACCUGCACCUAAACAUGAUACAGAAAAUGGAGAUCAUGAUUCUUUUGAUGAGUGGAAUACUUUUACCUCCUCCGCACCCAUCAAAGAUCCCUUUGAGAAUUUACCUGCACCUAAACUUGAAACAGCAAAUGGAGAUCAUGAUUCAUUUGAUGAGUGGAAUACUUUUACCACCUCUGCACCCAUCAAAGAUUCAUUUGAGAAUGUUCUGGUGCAAAGCAACAAUGACAAUAGCAAUAACAGUAACAUGGAACUAACAAAUUUCAGUUCAAACCUUGAUGAUAUGGAUUUUGGCAGUUUUUCGCAGUCGGAUCCUUUUUCAGCUACACCUGGUAAAGAGGGUGUUUCUGCAGAAGUGAAUGACAAUAUUUUGGAAGUUCCUACCAUAUUCAGUGGCGUUGAUACCCCAAGCAAGGUUGGUGACGAUGCUGGACAUGCUUCAGAGAAUGCAGCCAUUCGUGCUGAAUCGAAUCCAUCGAAGAAUGAUAUGGAUAUAGAAGGUAUAAUGUUGCAAAUGCACGAUCUUUCUUUUAUGCUCGAGAGCAAUCUAUCCAUUCCCUCGAAAUCAAACAUCUCUCUUACCAAGGAUUGAUACCUCGGUUUGCUCACAUGGUUUGAUUUCAAGAUUCAUGUAAUCAGGUUGUACCUGUUCAUGUAUUUUAUUAUAAGAACAUAUGAUUGUUUUUGUCGUUAAUUAUCUUAAAUUUCUUAAAUGAGUGCGAAGGAGUGUCACGUUUAUCUCCAGAUAUUUUGUUGUAACUGAAGAGAGAAGUAGAAGAGCUUGUUUUUGUCCCCUUUAUUUUCUUUGGAGAGGUAAACAUGAAUUUCCCUACAUCCCUUGGUGUAUGUUUUCUGGUUUGAUAUGGCAUUGUCAAUGGACCAGUUUAUGGGAUACAUAUAGGAAAGGUAUAUAAAGAUCAGAUUGUUUUCUUGCAAA